UUUUGCUGUUUCGCAAGUUUAAAAUGAAGUCGCGGUCGGCGCUGCCGCUGCUGUUCAUGGUUUGGUUUGGAUUCGCCGCUGAUUGUACUGGUCAAAGCUAUGCCGUAAUAGCACCGCGCACGCUACGACCACACUCAGCCUACGAUGCAGUUGUGGUAAAUGUUGCCAAUGAAACACAACACUUUCGGUGUGAGCUUGUUGAUGGCGAGAACCACGUGGUGCGCUCAACGUCCAUUAGUGUACCUUCCAACGGAAUGGAGAAGGCCAGUCUCAACAUCGGCCAACUGGAUCGGCCAGGAAACUAUCGGCUCGAGCUUUGGGACGAGGACAAAAAUGUGCGCCUCAACGGAACGUCCCUAGAGUAUUUUGGGCGCAGUUAUACCGUUCUAUUUCAGACCGAUAAGUCCAUCUACAACCCGGGCAACACCAUCCGCUUCCGGGUUGUGUUCUUGUCACCGGACCUGCUGCCCGUUGUUACCGGUGUAAAUUGCAGCGUUUCUAUAACCGGGUUGGACGGCAUAGAAAUUAUACGUUGGAGCCCAGUGACGCUGCAGAGUGGUGUAUUUGAGGGAUCCUUUGCGCUGCAUUCUGAUCGCCAAUGGCCGUUUGGAAUGUGGGUGAUAAAUGCGCUAAUAAACGGUCAAGUGCACAAAGAAAAGUUCUACGUCGAGAAGUACUCCGUGCCGCCAUUCAUUGUCGACCUACAGAGCACACCGAAUUCGUACUUCUUCUGUGGGCAGAAGGAAAUGGUGCUCAAGUUGACCGCAAGCUACGUCGCGGGUGAUCCGCUACAAGGCAAUGCCACGGUUGUGGUACGAGCCAACUACAAUAACUAUCCCAGUCAGACGAAGGAAGUACAACGGAAGCAGUUCGGCUUCACCGGUACUGCCCGUGUGGCGUUUCCCUUGCAACCGGUUGCUCCCGACUGCCAGGAGGAGCGGACCGUAUGGUUCGAUGUGAUGGUUCGUGAUAGGGUGACGGGAGUGACCGAAAAUGUGACACGAACCUUCACCGUGCACCAAACGCUGUUCACUAUGGAGGUUUUGGAUGGGGCCGACACCUUCCACCCCGGUCUGGCUAUGCAGCUGAAGGUGAGACUUGCCUCGAUCGACGGGAAACCACUGAACCGGACGUCGGUCGCCAUCGUGUACACGCUUCAGGAGGAGAACCACGAAGCGGAGCCGGUAGUGAGCAGAGUGCGCUACAUUACUAAUAGCCGGGGGAUCGUACGGCUGUUCAUCAACACAACACUGGACACGGUGGCCGUGAACGUGGACGGAAUUUAUCUUAAUCACACUUUCUCGUUGGUAGCGGCUGAUCCGAUGUACGAAAACAGCUCGAUCGACUAUCUGACUGCGCACACGGAUCGGGCAUUCUACAUGCCUCAGCAAGAGGUCACCGUUUUUGUUCGCAGCAACUUUAUGUUCCAGCGUCUCUUCUAUGUGUGCUUCUGCCGUGGGUGGAUAGUGUGCCACGACGGUGUGGUCGAGUCUAAAGGGGCGCAAAAACAGCAUCGCUUAACAUUUCAGGCAACGCCUCUGAUGGUACACCAUACGAAGGUGCUGAUUUUUACGAUCCAGCCAGACGGGAGAAUUUCUAGCACAGCGGUACGGGUGCACUUUCGGCCAUCGUCCCGCAGUGCGCUAAAUCUCACAACCAGCGCAACGGGCAGGGAUCCACACGAGUAUAGGAUUAGCGUUAGUGCUCCCGCAGACGCAUUCGUUGGGUUGUUGGGAGUAGACGUACGGGCCAAGCUAGUAUCGCCGACUGAAAACGAUCUAACGCCGAAAAAACUGGAAAAAGCGUUGCAGUCUCCGAAGCCGAUUUACGAGGGUUUGUUCCUGUACAACAGUUUCAGGAGCGUUGGCGCGGAGCUUCUUACGGAUGGAUAUAUUCAGGAUGUUGGAUCUGUGCCACAUUCAUUAGCGCGAAAUGACAUUAGCCCCACCGAGGAAAGCACAGAUGGCUCACAUUUUCCCGACACAUGGCUCUGGGAAUCGUUCAGGACGACGACCAGCCAGAACGUUACCAUCGACAAACGGCUUCCGGGCACGAUCGGCGCAUACUCUUUAACGGCAUUUUCCGUGGACCCUACAAACGGGCUGCAGUUUUCGAAGCCCGUGCAGAUCCAGUCUACGAAAAGAGUUUUCGCCCAACUACGCGUACCCGCUGCCAUGAUAGUGGGGGAAAAAUCGAUCGGCUACUGUUUGGUCCACAAUUACGGACCACAAAUUACCAUCACCGUGGACGUGCGACCGAGGAUGCGAAACUUUACCUUUCUGCUUGGCGAGGGAGCCACGGAGAGCCUUCCGGUGGAGCUGCAAAUGGAUCACGUGGGAAUUCUGCAGGUAGAAGUAAUCGUGAGAGAUACCAGCGGGGACGUGAUCGACUCGGUGAAGCAAUCGGUAACGGUGCAUCCGGUUGAAAAUUACCAACAGGCGGUGGAUGCUUACCGAGCAGAGUUUAGUAAAUAAUGGAGUUGAAUAAGGAAAUUGAAUCCGUGAAACAGAAUUGAUCGUGUGCGAGUCAAAAAAUAUUGUUGUCUUUAUUUUGGAAAUAGUUUGUAAUCCGAUUUGUGUCUCUUUGCACUC